AGCGGCGGGCGCGGCCAUGGCGGCGGCGGCGGCGGCGGCGGCGGCGGCUGGGCAGCAGUGGGUGCUCGUGGAGAUGGUGCAGGCCUUCUAUGAGGCCCCUGCAUACCAUCUCAUUUUGGAAGGAAUUCUAAUUCUGUGGAUAAUAAGACUUCUUUUCUCGAAGACAUAUAAACUUCAAGAGCGAUCUGAUCUAACACUUAAGGAAAAAGAAGAGUUGAUUGAAGAAUGGCAACCAGAGCCUCUUGUGCCUCCUGUGCCAAAAGAUCACCCGGCUCUCAAUUACAACAUUGUUUCAGGUCCUCCCACCCACAUAAUCACUGUUAAUGGGAAGGAAUGUAUAAACUUUGCAUCAUUUAACUUUCUUGGACUUUUGGAUAAUGAAAAGGUUAAGAGUGCAGCCCAAGCAUCUCUGAAGAAAUACGGUGUUGGCACUUGUGGACCCAGAGGAUUCUAUGGUACUUUUGAUGUGCACUUAGAAUUAGAAGAACGGCUAGCAAAAUUCAUGAGGACUGAGGAAGCUAUUAUAUAUUCAUAUGGAUUUGCAACAAUUGCCAGUGCUAUUCCUGCAUAUUCAAAGAGAGGGGACAUUGUGUUCGUAGAUGAAGCUGCCUGCUUUGCUAUUCAGAAGGGAUUACAAGCAUCUCGUAGUAACAUCAAGUUAUUUAAGCAUAAUGAUAUGGCUGACCUUGAACGACUGCUGAAAGAACAAGAGACUGAAGAUCAAAAGAAUCCUCGCAAGGCCCGUGUAACUCGAAGGUUUAUUGUAGUUGAAGGACUGUAUAUGAACACAGGAGACAUUUGCCCUCUUCCAGAGUUGAUAAAGUUGAAGUAUAAAUACAAAGUUAGAAUAUUUUUGGAGGAGAGCCUUUCCUUUGGAGUCCUUGGAGAACAUGGAAGAGGAAUUACUGAACACUUUGGGAUAAAUAUUGAUGAUAUAGAUCUUAUUAGUGCAAACAUGGAAAAUUCACUGGCUUCUAUUGGAGGAUUCUGCUGUGGAAGAUCUUUUAUUAUUGACCAUCAGAGAUUGUCUGGUCAAGGCUACUGCUUUUCUGCAUCCCUACCUCCUUUGUUAGCUGCUGCUGCUAUUGAGGCUCUGAAUAUCAUGGAAGAUAAUCCAGACAUUUUUCAGACUCUCCGGACUAAAUGCGAACACAUUCACAAAGCUUUACAGGGGAUUUCUGGCUUAAAAGUGGUGGGAGAAUCUUUUUCUCCAGCGUUGCACUUACAGCUGGAGGAGAGCUGUGGAUCUCGAGAAAACGAUGUGAAGUUACUCAAAAGAGUUGUGGAUUAUUGCAUGAACGGUGGGGUUGCAUUAACGCAGGCUUGCUAUCUGGAGAAGGAAGAAAAAUGUCUUCCUCCACCCAGUAUUCGGGUAGUGAUAACAGUGGAACAAACGGAGCAAGAACUGGACAAAGCUGCAUCACUUCUUAAGGAAGCAGCACAGUCUGUGUUGAAUUAGACUGCUGCUUUGGAUUCGUCUUUCCCCAGAUUACUGGGAUAAGUGUUUCACACUGCAUAGCAACUUCCAGAUUCUUCUACUGAUGGCACUGAAACCCGACUAACAGAAUUGUUCCAGAGUGGCACAAAUGAGAUGAGGGGAAAAACGCUGAAUUUUGGAAUUGGUGAAUGACACAGUGUUCUUCCAAUUCAAACUCUACAGUUUACUGUCAUUUCUUAAAAGGGGAUAUCAUUGUUGCAUUUAUGACUCUUUUGUAGGUGUAAUCUAAAAAGGUUUAAAUCAGUUUCUUCAAACCCUUAAACAUUCUCAAAAAUGUGUGUGAACAUUUUGUUUCCCCCAGAACAAUGUAAAAUGUGUUGUUCGCUGUGCAUUUUCUCAGAAUGUAGGAACUUCAGAUGAGUUUCAAGGAAUUAUCCCUUCCCGCCUCCCAAAUGAAAAUAGACUGUUCCUAACACUGCCAAAAGGAAGAAAAUAACACAUGAGGAUAUAAUUUUGUGCUAUAUUAUAUCAUUUAUUAUUGAAUUACAACAAUAACUCAAUAUCGAGUUAAGGAGGGCGGAACUUUAAUUAUUUUUUGUUUAUAUAUCUUUCUUUAACCACUUUCUGGAAGCCAGUUUUUAAGAAUGCGUUCCCAGAGAAUUCCAUUAUCUAAACAGUAAAUUCAUAUUAAAUACUAUUUUCUUCCUGCAUUCCAUAUGUAAUUGUAUGCGUGUUUGAUACUACGGGUUAAGUUUUUCAUAUUAUUAACUUUAAAAUAUCUAAACUCAAACCUCUGAAUUGUGAAAGUGGUAUAACUUCAACGUAGCAUGUUCCAGUUAGGGGAUCUGUGCACCAGUCUCGAAGAGGGGUCAUAGGCAACAUGAAAAAUGAACCAAGAUUUUGAAACAGCAGCUAAAUACUAGCUUGUCAAACUGCUUUGAUGUGUGCUAAGUUUUACGUCUAAACAGCUAUUCUUUAGAAGGGAAGACUCACAGCUACUACAAGUUUAGAUGGUGCAAAUGCUACUGAAACACAACUGAAUCCAUGCACAUAAAAUUCCCAAGUAAUUUGACAGUAGUAUUUGGAGGCUGUGCUGUCAGGAUUUUCAGUAAGUACAGGUGGACAUUACAUAUGCAGGCACAUGACAUCAGUAAGGAAACUGGUAAGGAAGGAUGUACCUUUUUAUGAAACAAAAAAAAGCUUUGUACUUCAGGAUUUUGCUUUGAGAACGCCUGUCUAAAAAUUUUGUAUUCUGCCUAAUCUGUCUUGAGUUGUUUUGUACUUACGUGCCUUUUUGGUUGCUGCUACAAGAACUGCAGGACUGUUUUUUGAGAAACGUCGUUGUUGAAUAAAAAGCUAAUCAUGUUUGAUUCAGAUUUUUACUUGAAUAAUUAGAUUUUGUAGCAUGAUCAACCAUAUGCUGUUGAAUAUUGUAUAUCAGAUAAGCAUGGUCUACGUUGCCUCCCUCAGUUCACAGUGACUGUUUCUGCGCUGGCUUUCAAAACUUUGAGCUGUGUACAUUCGGAUACAACAGCUAAAGUUGUGUUGGGGCACUUCUGUGGUUGUUGCUUGACUAUUUUGAAAUAGUCGAAUCAUUAUCUGUGCAUGUAGAAAAGCCUUCAUCUCAAUGCGAAAGGGGAUAUUUCACUGACAUUUAUGUUCUUCUCUGUUACUGUGAGUAAAAGCCUGUGAGAAGCCAACAAUUCAAAAGA